AGGUGACAUUUCUGCUAAGGCCCUGUCAGGUGGGAACUGUGCCAGAAGCAGAGAUGUGGGAAGAGAGCUUUGGGCGAAGUGAGCAGCACAUUCAAAGACUCUGGGGCUGGAAACAGGUAGGGUCAGCAAGAAGGCUCCAGGGAACAGGAAGGGCAGGGCAAGGCCCCGAUCCAGGUUACAGGGCCCUGGGGACUUCUUGAUGGAACCAAGAAGGGUGGGUUGAGGACCCAGGCGUGCAGUAGCCAGCCCGUGUCUGUCCCUUUCUAGCCCUUCUCAGAGCUCCCUGCUCCACCUGCAGCUCCCCUCACACAUAUACAGACCCCUCCCCCCCACACACACUAUCAGGGCAUGGAGACCAGUUCCCCUGUCCCCCCCAAAUCCUGCCAGCAUUGCCCCUGCAGCCUUGAGAGAGAUGAGCCUGCAACAAGGCCUCAGCUCCACACUUCCAAGGCACCCGCUUCAAGAUGCUGGACGGCCCAGGCUAUUUAUACUCGUCAAGGCCACUGCACAACAGCCACUAGAGGGGCAGACGCCACCGGAGAGCAAGAACAGUUUCCUCCUCAUGCUGCUCCUCUCCCACACCCUGGAUGCUAAAGGGGGCGGCUGGCAUGCCAGUGACGGGGCCCAGGGCGUGCAUCGUGGUCAUUCCUCUGUCUUGCUCAGGACCCCUUUGGCCUCCAUCCUGCCAGUUGGGAGACCCCAGCUCACCCUAAGGGGAGCAAGCUCCCUCUACUGUGAGUUCCCAGCUCUUUGCCCUGUCACAUAUGGAACCCUGGGUUUGGAGGAAGAGCUCCCUGGUAGAUUGAGUGGGGGUUUCCUUGGGACUGGAGCUGCCCAGCUGUUCUCUACCCAUAUUGCUGCCUACAGUGUCAUCUCAGGCCAAAGGAGGCCCUGCCAUGGGGAGCCUAAGGACCCUGAGGACAUGUGGAUAAAGCUUAAAAGGAGGCUCUUCUGCUCAAGCGCAGGGUUCCAAAGAUCAGGGGUCUAUGAUCUGGAGAGGUAGAGAUGGACUCUGCCUGUUUACCACUGUACCUCUGAUCCUCAAUCAGACCUAGAGGAGGUUUUGUAGGCUUGCAUGCUCAGCCAGGGACCUCUGGUCCGUGUGUGUGUGUGUGUGUUUGUGUGUGUGUAGGGGGAAUCCUUUGUGUCGCCCCUGAGGUUGGAAGAAAGAUGAGUGGAAUGUCCUAGAGUACCCCCCAAGCUGUAGUCCCCAUACUAGUUAGGAAGGGCUGUUUCCAUCUCUCCAACUUGCAGUCCUCCUGCCCUGACCUCAUCCUGGGGAUCUGAAGAGAGCUCCCCGCCUUGGGUGGGGAGUGAGGAGAAGGCCCAGAGGCCUCUCUGAAGCUGGACUGAGGCUCCUUUCCCACUGAGCCUCUGAAGUUCAUGGACCACUGGCUCGCCUGCUCAGAAGAGAGGGGGUCUGUGCUUGGGAGGGGAGCUUAGCAGUAGAGGGUUCUCAGAAAAGGGCGAUGUCAGGGGGUAUCAGCUUUUCUGUGCAACCACAAUAUCGGACUUCAGACAUAUUUCUGAGCCAGGGGCCUCCAAGGCCAGGAUUCUCCAGAGAGGGGCCCCAGUUAAGCAGGUGCUUGGGCCCCUGCAUCAUGGUACAGCUGCACCUCCUCCUCCCAGCGCUACAGCCCCCAGGCUCUGAGCUCCAUCCUCAGAGCCACCUGAGUAAUCGCAAGUCCAGCUGGAGUGUCAGGAACUAGAACUGCUUCAGGGUUUCAAAUUCUUGAAGGGGCCCCCAGGGAGAAGAGAAAAGGAGGGUUAGUUCUAGGCCCCCAGAUGGGCUGGGGGAGACAGAAGGUUUCCGAGUGGCUUCCAGGGCCAGCGAAGGCUGAGCUGCCUUUCCCCUGGGGGAGGCCUGAGUAGUAUCUCAGCCACGGUGGGUGGCCGGUGCAGCGGGAAGGUUGCUGGUGGCCAUGGUGGGCCUAGGCCUGCCACUAGGGUGGGAUGGGGUGAGCAGAGGCUUCUCUUGGGGCUUUGGGAGUCCAGUCUUCUACCAUGAGCUCUGGAGAGCAGGUACCAGCUCUCUGGCCUCAUCUCCCUCUAUCGCGGCCCAGUGGGGCUGGGGGCAAGCAGGUGCCAGUAAAGGUUGGAGGGAGGCCAGGAUGGGAGCUGGGGCCAAGGAAGCUGCAGAUGACUCACAGCCUCCUGACUGCCCAUUGGUGUCACUGUUGUCUGGCACCUGGAGAGCAGGCAUGGGGCCGACCGACCUGCUUUGAUGGGGGGCCAUGGGUCUGGUCUGAGAUCCUCCUUAUGCCUCAAUCCCAGCCUUUCAGAGAAUUUUCCCAGGGAUCCCAAGGCCCUCUGGGGUCACACCUGAGAGCUCCAGAUAUUGACCCGUUCCAAACCUUGGGAUCUUCUGGGACACUGGCCUCACCAGUCACUCCCUCCGUGCAGCCCAUGAGGCCACAGGUCCACCAGUGGUGCUACUUCAUUUGCCUAUAGGAGAGAGCAGGACCCCAGUGCCAGGGUCGGGAGGGGGGGCAUGGUGCUGCUGGGAGUGUCUGAGGCUCAGAGAGGCCCAGGCUGCAUCCCACAAUUACUGCCUCUGCCUGGGGAGAAGCAGCCCCAGGAAUCGGUAGCUGAGCACGGAGCCCCAUCUACCUGGCCCUGAUGAAGAACACCUUUUAUUCCAUGCUGGGACUGGAGAACUCCCCUCUGUGAAGACCCAGGAUCUGAGCAUCUCUUCACUCAGAGCCUCUGCUCUGGCCCUGUGAGGGUCCAACCAGCCCAGAGGUGGAGCUACACCAGCCCAGAGGAGUGGGGAUGACUCGGUGAAGGGCCCUCAGUAUUCCCCAUCUGGUACAGAGGGGCCGGCUGAGCCGCGUUCUCUCCUGCCAUUCUUUUGAGGUUUGUUCCAGACAGAGUUUUUAACCCAACGAGUGAGAUGCCAGAAGAGCCUGGGCAGCUGUGACAUUCACAUCUGGCUGCGGUAGCUUCCUGAGUGGGCUGGGUUCUUCAGGCUUAAGGAUGGUGACCUGGAGCCAUGGCCUUCAUGCUUGGUCCUCCCCUGGUGGGAGUCCUUGGCCCAAAGCUUGGCAGGAGAUGCCCAGCAGUUGGCAGGGCUUGCCUGACCCCGCUCAGUCCAGAGGUGUGACACCUGGAUCCCAGCCAUCUCACUCUGAUAUCCUUAGAAAUGACUGUUUCUCCUGAACGCCCCAGCCCCAUCAGUCCAUCCCAGAUAGGAACUCACAGCUCCAGGCUCUAUAAGGGAGGGUGGCUCUGCUCCUGAGCCUCCCCACAGCCUCUGCAUCUUGUUCUCUAUCCCUCCAAUGCCCUGAGCAUCUUUCUGUCCCUGGUUCCAGGAUAUUCAGGCUAGGCCUAGCAGGGACGGUCACAGUGCCCUUUAGAGGGAGACACCCAGAUCACACUCUUCUUGCAGGAUGAGAAUCCCAAGAUCAUUCUGGGAUUGUGCCCUACCAUUGCUACUCAUUCCCCUACAACUUCUACUCCACCCAUCUGGCAGCCUUGACCUUAUCAGGGAAACAGGGGCACUUACGGCCCUGACAACCUGCCCUUGCUGGGCCUGUGACAGGAGGCCCUGGUUGUCCCUGUUGCUCAGCGGAAGCUCAGAUGCGAGGCCCGUGGUGGUUCCUAUUUUGAACUCAGGUGGUAGGAGCUGAGGGAAGUUGCUGCAUCCUUGGGGCUCAGCAAGGGCAGAGGCAGAGGGAGCUCAUGAGGCUCCCGAUGCCCGGGGCAUCCUUGCCUUCUCUCCUCCGUUCCCUCUCAUGUUGGUUUAGCCACCUGCAUGCCCACUUGUGGUCAGUCUUGGCCUGGGCACUUGGGAUCUGGGAACAUAUCAGGAAAGGCAGGGGACUCAGAGCAGGAUCCCAGGAUCGUCAGUCAGCUGGGAGCCAGUGCUCUCUUCCCCAUGUCACAAGCCUCACCUGUGCAGCCCGGACCAUAGAGACUUAGAGGCUCUCAAGAAGCCAGCUCCUCUCCUGGACUCCACGGUGGUACCAGCUUCAGCCAGGCAUCAGUCCUGCUGGCGUGUUCCUCCCAGCUGGGGGGCCACCUCUUCGAAGGGGAAAAAGAAUCCUUUGGGCAGCCCCAGUCACCCUUCCCACAUGGCCCCUUGCCCACGGGCUCUGACCCAGCCACCUGUUCUUAAAGUUGCCCCCACCCUCCACGGGGCCUGGGUUCUUCAAGGACCCCAAGGGAGGGCAGAUCUCAGCUCCUCUCUGCAGAUGUGGUCGGAGGUCUCUUCCCAAUAGUCGUGGAAUGAUGUGUGCUUCCAGAAGCACUUCCUUUGUCCCCACCUAGAUUGGCUCCCAGCUGGGGGUGCUGCUGGCCUCAGCCCCGGGCCGUCAGGGCGCCUGUGCCCUCGCCCUCCCUCCGGGCUGGUGCGGCUGGCCAUCUUUCACGCAGAGUUACGUAAGCUUGAGUCAAUUGGAGCUCAGAGCAGUUCAUUGUGGGCUAUUUUUAAGCUGUAACACGUCUCAGCAGAGGGGUCACUGCACCACGGCUUGCAGGGAAGGUUGUUUAAACAUCUGUUAUUUAAAUUUCCUAUGCCUUAGAGCUCAAAAGCCACAUCCUCCUGGCACUCCUGGAUCUGCAUUCCACAUUCCAGAUUAGGAGUAGAUUAUCACCCCUCAUCCCACCAAGGGCUCCCCUGGGGCCGGAGUUCUCUGCACCCUGGCUGUCUUCCUUCCAGGUCAGGCAGGGAGACCAGGCAGGAGGAGGGCCCCGCUGCCUCUCUGGAAUGAGUGCACCCUGGCCAGGACAGGCUUCAGAGAAGCAGGAUGUUAGUGCUCAGAGGUCACUUGGAUAGCCCCAGGGAGGAGGGUCAGGAGAGGGAAACACAGAGCACUACCGAACAGUCUGUGGAGCCAGGAGACCAAGGGUGCUUCCUUCCUCCCUGGGGGCCUCGGUUUCCCGUUAGUACCCGGAGCAGGUUGGAGCACAACAUCCUUUUAGGUCUUUUCAGAAGCCUGCCUUUACCUGGGCUGUGCUUCUACCCAGAAGGCCCUCCCUUCACAGAUCUAAAUGCUACCCAUCUGCACCCUCAGGGUCUGGGGCAGGAGGGCUGGUGUAUGAGCUCCUGGACGGUGGGCAUAAACUUCUGGGGAAACAGGCCUUGCUUUUCACUCCACUACCAAGUGGUUGCCUCCGCUGGGAGCCCUUUAUGGCAACUUUUGAUCCUAGAAUUUUGGAGAUAUCCAGAGUCUUCCCAGGGCACAGGGAGGGGAAGACAGGUAGACUGGAAGAGUGCAGGGCCAAGGAUUUGACAGAGCUGUUUCCUGAGAACACAAAGAAGCCAAAAAUACAGGUGCAUUGGAGAAUCAGGUCUGGGAGACUUGGCUAGUCCUGGAACCUUCCCUUUCCCCUCAAUGCCCUUCCUGCCCACCACCCUCAAGACAUCCUAGGUCGGAGGGUUCUAGCCUGAUCCACAAGGAAGAAUGGUUUCUCAGAGUACCCUGACUCCAUCUCCUGAAGCCUGACCCUCUCCACAAGGGUCAGGGCCUUUCCCCAAGGCCUGAUCAGAGAGGGCCAGGUGAGGUGUGAGAGGAGGUGAUGUCAGGACCUGCCCUCACAGAGGAGACUCCUUAUGGCCUUGUCUUCAGACUGGGCUUCUUCCAGUUCUUCUGGGCACGCCCCCCUAUCCCGGAGAGCCCUCAGCCUGGGGAAUGGGCUCAGCCUCGGGGAGGGGCUCUCCAGUUUGCCAUGGCAACAUGUUGGCCCUCCUCACUUUCCAGAAUCAGAAAUAGAAUUGGUUGCCCUUCUUCGUGGUGAGAGACUGUUUAAAAACAUGUAGGGGGGAGGGGUACAGUGGCAAUGUCCCUGCCCGAACCCUGGGGGCUCAGCAGAAGGGGGCUAGCCUGGGAGCCUCUCUGGCUGCCCUGCUGCCCCUCCCCUUACCUGGAUGAAAUGCAGUGGGCUUUCGCUGGGCAAGAAUUCUGAGUACAAAGGACUCAGCCUGGUUCAGGAAGGUGUGUAGCUGGCCCCUAUUCAGCGAUGCCAGGCUCCCAGGAGGGCACUGGCUUAGAGGUGCCAACAGGGAAAAGGCCCCUCCCAGUCUUGAGCCACCUGCUAAGCUAUUGGGAGGAGGAGAAGGUUUCAUGUGGGACACAGCUUAGGUGGGGGCUUGGGGCUGCAGCACCCAGGGGGAGGCGUGUUGGCUCCCUUCCAGCAGGGUCCAUGCCUGCCAGCCCUGGGCAUGGGAUCCAGUGGUGGUACCUAAAUUUCUGAAGUGUGGAUCCAGAGCCUGGUGGCCUGGCUUCAAAUUCUGGCUCUACUGCUCAUUUCGCUGAGAUCUCAGUGAGUUCUCUCUCUUCUCUGUGCCUUGAUUUCCUCAUUUGUUAAAUAGGGAUGAGAAUGCCCAGCUCAUCCAAUCACUAAGAGGCUGGGUUACAAGCCCUCAGCACUGCCCGGCCCGCAGGAAGAACCCAAUCAGCGCCCGUCAUUGUUCUUAUAAGGGGUGUUUGCUUCCCAGGGGGGAAGAGCCUUCUCCUCUCUCAGGACUGCUUUCUCUGGGCCUGCCUUCAUGGGCCAUACCCUUCAGUUGGCUCUGCCCCCCUCCCUUCCUGAGGAUACCUCAGGAAGAUAUCUCAGGUCAGUUGGUCACAAAGCUCCCAGCCCUGGAAAGGAGGAUUCUGCCCCACUUCUGUAGGAGAUGGGGAUGGCUGAGUGGUCGGACAGGCAGGGGGCUCUCAGGGCCUCCCUCCCUGCCUCCCCAGCUCCCCCCGCCCCGCACCUGCGCUAGAGGCUGCCACGAGCAUCUCUGUUGUGCGGGAAGAAAUCAGUUUGCUCGGGGCCAGAGAUUAAUGAAGUUGAUAGUGUUCAGCGAGUGUGUGCAUAUGUGCAUAUACGGAAGCAGGCCACUCGGACCCUUCGGCUCUGCCACCUUCCUGGGCCGUAGUGGGGGAUGAGCAGUAGCGUUGGAGACAUCUAUUCCCACGCCGAACUGAAGGCAGCAUCUGGGGGAGGGGGAGGAGGCCCCGGGGGGCCUGAAUGGGGCUGAGUCAGGCUUUGCCCAGUGCCUGUCAGGAAGAUGCAGAUGCUGCACAGUGCCCGUCCUGGUCCCCGGUCACGUCGUUUCACACCCCACGGCCAACUGUAAGCACUAUUUUUAACCUUUGUGAAAACACGGCUUCAGAGGACAAGCCGAUAGCUGCAUUCUCCACAGACCUGUUUCCUGGGCAGAAAGACUGAGGCCUGAAAGGACACAGGCCUGGGGACCAGAAGGAAGAGGCUCAGAGCUCACAGCUGGGAGGAGGGAGGAGGGCUGACCCCGUCCCAGGUCAGAACCUCCAGAGUAGGCCUGUGGUAAUGGGUGGGUCCCCAAACUGCUGCCCAGGCCUGUCUUCUAUGGCUGUAGGGCACAUCUAGGCCUGGGCUGGUGGUCCAGACAGGUCCCACCCCUCUCUGUCCUAUGUUUGCCCAUCUGAGAAAGGGAGGGUGGGAGUGUCCACCCAGUCUAAUAGCUUACAUUUCCUAUGUGCCCACUCUAGGUCCAGUCCUGUGUCCAGCUUGCCCUCACUACAUACACAGCUCUGCCCACUGUGUGCCCAGUCCGGCACCAACCAUAUCCGCACCCCAUAGCCUAGCCCUGUGCUCACUGUGUCCUUACUGUGCCCCAUCUGUAUGUAAUUGCCACUUGGCUGGCCCUGUGUCCACUGUGGCCUAGCCCUAUGCUGAGUGCUCUGCCCCCCUCCUGGCCAAGUUGACACAAUGUGACAAGAGCUAGAACAUUCUGACUUGAGGAUUCUGAGCAAAGGCCCCACCCCCACCCCUGUCGCCCCCAUACCCACUUCUGUGGGAUACUGGUUCUAGGCUUCAAGGACAUGUGGCUCUGGGGAGGGGGCUCUAUGAGGCACAGGCAGAGGAGAACCAUCUGGAGCAGAAAGACUGCCAAGGAGCUGCUGUCCUGGAGCAGGGGCCAGGGAAUACGGGGGAGAGGAGCCCGGGCCUGAGCUGGGCCCCUCACCCUCUUCUGUGUCCCAGGACUCAGUGGUAAAGGGGCUUUGAUCCCCAAAGGGCCUUGUGUCACAUACUUGGAACUCAUCCCUGGGUCAGGGCUAACGUCUCAAGUUGCCCCACGGAAAGAGAGGAGAAAGAACCAAGUCUGGCAUCUGAGGUAGACCAGGAAUGCUGGUCUCCCCUGCCUACCUUUCUCCUUUGGCCUUACACCGCCACUCCCAGCCCCUGCCACAAGGGCACCACGCUCACCCUACUGCUGGCUUGGGUAGAGAGUAGUUAGUCACCUGGCUGGUAAGGGGAGAGGGGGCUGGCCUAGGGUUGGCAGACUUCACCAGGGUCCCUGGGCCUUUCUGUCUCCCAAGGUUCCCUGGGCAGGCCCCGUUCCUCAGGGGGGUGGGGCCUCUGGUUUCCCACACUCUGUCACCUCCCCCCCACCCAGGUCACUAGGGGCUGUGAUGUGUGGGGUUGCCAUGGCAAUGAAGUGGGGGCAGGGCACCUAGGGCAUGGAGCAGGACUAUGGAAGUCACCAAGAAGGUGGGGGACCCUGAUCCACCGGGCCCCCAAGGCCACCCCUCGGCCAGCAGCCAGCAGCCGGGGGGUGGCCUCAGAGGGUCCCAGGGACCAUGGAUAAACUCGGGAUCUGUAUACUUCGCGCAGGGUUUGUCAUUGUCCACUGAGGCCAUCACUGAUAGGACCUGUGGCCCUGCCUCCCAGGCCCAUGCCCCUGAGCCCGUUCACCAGCUACACCAGGAUCCUGCUGAGGUUGGCUCCCAGUGUGUCUGCGAGCAGGCCUCCCAAGAUGCCCCGAGACUCCCCUCUACUAGCCCGUUUCCGAGCUCCAUCGUGGGAACCCCAGCGCAUCCCAGCGUGGAGAACAGGACCCUGGCCCUACCCGUGUGCACACACAGCGACGGCACCAGUGAUUCGAUCCAGCAUGGAUUCUGCCGCUCCCGGGCUCAGGUGCAGGUUGCAGGGCAGGACAAGGUUCCAGCUAAAGUCCUGGUGGGCUGGGGCAAAGGCCCCUGCAGCCCUGACCAGGUAGCCCCCUUGGGCAGCAGGAAGAGCCGGAGGCUAUCCUAUUUCCUUUCGGGGGACGAGGGCUCAGCCACAGCCCAAGGUCCUCUCCCGGCUCCAGCCCAAGGUCAGGACCAGGGCAAGUGCCCGUGUGCGGCCCAGGCUCCUCCAACUCCAACUCAGGCAGAUGCCCCAGCCGUGGCUCCAACUCCAAAGCCGGCAGCAGUUGAAACUGACACCUACAACUCUGACCACUCGACAGACACCGCUACCAUGACCAGUGGCCUGUCCCAAGACCCCCUGCUCAGGAAGAGUAGCAACCAACGGCCAGUCCUCUUGGAGUCUUCCAAAGUGGUCUCGUCCUGCCAGGACAAAGUGGAUUUGGGUUUUCAGAAGGAGCCUCCCACCCCAGCGCCUUCUCCAAAUGAGUCCUCAGACCAUGUCCAGGAGCUCGAGGUUGCCAAAAUGCAGGUGUUAUCCAACCUGCCCGAGAACCCAGCGGAGAAGCCGCCGGUCUGUACCUCUGGGCCAGGCAGCCCAACACCAGGCUCAGGGCCUCUGGGUAGCCCCAAGUCCCAGAGGAAUAACGAGGGGAGUUGCAGCUCUCGGCCAGACCAGCAGCCUCUCAACGUUUGCAACAAUACCUGCUCCAGUGGGCCACGGUCUGCCUACCAAGUGUCUUGCCACAAGCAGUCACCAGUCCAGUCUCCCAGGGAAGCCAUCCAGAUCCCCCCCUCCACUGCCCCUACCUGCCAGCUCCGGGAUGCUAUGGAAGACCGUGUGCUGGUGUUCGAUAUGGCCACGGGGAACACCAGGAUGGGGCUGCUGUGCCAUGACCCCAUGGGUCCACGGGCAGUGCUGCUGGGUGUCAUGCCCAGCCACCCAUCCAUCUAUGUCCCCGAAAAUGUGUUGUCCGCUCCACCGUUAGCCAUGCCCAUCCUUUCCCCUGACAACAAUCGCUCCAACUUCUGGUCUACCUCGCCCAUGCUGUCCAGCCCUGUGCCCUCCAGCCUCUCAUCUGGAAGCUACCGAGAGGUGGCCCUGGUUCCCAAGGAGGGCAGGCUCAACUUGGAGUCACAGAACUCCCCUGGUGCCGAGACCCCCAUCAGAGUGUUCACUAGGCCCGUUCCACUGGGGAUGCCCCUCCAGUUUGGGGAGGGGAGAUUGAGCCAUGGCCAUGGUCCGGGCUGCUCCAAACCUGAUGCUGAAAAAAAUGAACUUGGCCGUACCAUCCGGACGCUGGACACCUCCCGGAUGCAAGACGCCUCCACAGUCCAGCCCAAGAAACUGCAGUGGGUGAACUCAGAGCAGACCCCAGAGCCUGUCCCACAAGCCCCAACCCAGGAGGGGCCCAAAUCCCUGCUUCAGGAGGAUAUAGGCAACCACAACCAGAAAGAAGUCCUUACUGCUCACCCUGACAGCCUUUGGGCUGAGGGUGCUGGGCAGGUCUCCCUCGGUGGUCGGCCGCCUCUAGCCAAGCAGCAUCCCCUUUCUGGACAGCCCCCUCCAACUGGUCAGCCUCCCUCUGCUGAGCAGUGCCCCCUCACCAGGCCGACCCACCUUUCUGGACAGCCACUCCUAGCUGAGCCGCCCCCCUUCACCAGGCAGCUCCCCCUUCCUGGUCAGCUCCUUCUCACUGGAACCCCUCUUGCCAGGCAGCUUUCUCUCACUGGGCAGCCUCCCUUUUCUCAAGAACCCCCCAUUUCCAAAGAGCCCAUCGUCUCAGGAGGGCCCCCCAUCACCAGGGAACCUGGCCAGGCCUCCACCUUGUGCCAGGAAGGGGAGCACUUGAGCUUCCCGGCCCAUGUGGGGGUACUUCAGGUGCCCCUGGCCCCUGAGGACGUGUGUGUCUACAUGAACAGAGAAAAGGUCGGCGUCGGUGCCCCUGAUCCGAUGUCCACACAUCAGCUCUCCUCCUGGCAACCUGGCGGCUCCCCGGGCACCCAGGAGGAGCAGUUUUCCCUGGUCACCUUCUCCACACCUGGCCCCGGCUGCAAGGUCUUGCCCGUGGCCAUGGUGGGCACGGAGCCCCAGGGUCCCCGGUUCAAGCUGACACCUGAGGACAUGGCACACUCAUCGGUGGUUGCACACCUCGGCCUGCCCCGCGGGGCCUGCUACGAGCUGGUGCCCAGCACAGAUGCUCUGCCGGCGCAGUCCCUCGUGCUCUGCCGCCCCUCGCGGGGCCCCUACCGGGACAUGGCGGCGGUGGUGAUCGACACGGGCACAGGCUUCACCAAAUGUGGCCUGGCCGGGGAGGACCACGUCCUCAGCGUGGUGCCCUCCCGUGUGCAGCUGCUACAGUGCCCGGCCCAGGCCGAGCCCCGGGACGCGGUGCCUGAGAACCAGGAGGCCUCCUAUUCGGUGCUGAACCGCGGAGUGGUCUCCGACUGGGACGCCCUGGAGGGGCUGUGGCAGCACCUGUUUUACUGCAGGCUGGGCGUGCGGCCGGAGGAGCUGGCUGUGCUGGUGGCCGACUCGCCCAUCUCACCGCGCACCAACCGGGAGAAGGUGGCCGAGAUACUCUUCGAGCGUUUCCACGUGCCUGCCAUGCAGACGGCGCAUCAGGCCCUGCUGGCGCUCUACGCUUACGGGCGCACCACUGGGCUGGUGCUGGGCAGUGGCCACGGCACCUCCUACGUGGCACCUAUCCUCACUGGGGAUCUGGCCCCGCUGGACACCUACCGGCUGGAUGUGGCUGGUGCCGACCUCACUGAGUACCUGGCUCAGCUGUUGCUGGCAGGGGGCCACUCGCCGCCCAAGGUAGGGCUGGUCAACCAGAUCAAGGAGGCCUGCUGCUACGUGGCCAUGAACAUGACGGCUGAGAUGGCCCGCACCCAGCCCCAGGCCCGGGUGGACUUCGUGCUUCCAGACAAGCAGGUCAUCACACUGGGCUCUGAGCGUUUCUGCUGCCCUGAGGCCCUCUUCCAGCCCAGUCUGCUAGGCCUCAACCAGCCUGGCCUCCCGCAACUGGCCCUCUUGAGCAUCAGCCGGCUGGAGGCCAAGCAGCAGGAGGAGCUGCUGGCCAAUGUGGUGCUGGACGGCGGCGGCACCCUGAUGAAUGGCUUUCCCGAGCGCCUGAGGCAGGAGCUGGGCCCCCGAGCCACUGUGCUGGGCUCGCCCCACCGUGCUGUCGCUGCUUGGCUUGGAGGCUCCAUCAUGGCGUCCCGGGACUCCUUCCAGAGCCUGUGGCUCAGCCGCCGUGAGUACGAGGAGGAAGGCCCUUGGGCCAUCUACAAGUACCAUCUGUGAGCACAUAAAAGUUCUGGUUCUGC